AUGGACUCCGUUUCGUACCCUACAUUUGAUGAUACACCCGCUUGGGGUGCAACAGACCCGGCCAGUACCGGCGAUAUCAUACAAGAUGCAAUAAAGAAGGACAAGCUUGUGAAAGAUAUAAUGUCAGCCCAAGAUAACCUACGAGCCCUGCUUGCGCGAGUGAAAAGUGUUCAGGGAGAUGUGGACAAACUUUCGUCAGAGAACGAAACCCUCCAGAUGUACAUCGAUAACUUGACCAUGCAAAUGGCGAAGCGCCGCUAG